AGAAAAGCGGACCUUGGCUUUGGGCAGACACAUCAGUGUCUGUUAGAAGAAACCACACCUGAAGUGGAGUCUAACCCAUGAGGACGCAAGAGCUGCUUCAGAAGAUUCACAAUGGGAACGACAAGCGAUGAGCUGUUGUCUGUGGAGCAGACCUCCUCCUCGUCCCUAAACCCCCUGUGUUUCGAAUGUGGCCAGCAGCACUGGACGAAAGAAAACCACUUGUACAACUACCAGAAUGAGGUGGAUGAUGACCUGGUCUGCCAUAUUUGCCUUCAGCCCCUGCUGCAGCCACUGGACACCCCCUGUGGACACACAUUCUGCUCUAAGUGCCUGCGAAACUUUCUACAAGAGAAAGACUUCUGUCCGCUGGACCGGAAGAGACUUCAUUUUAAGCUGUGCAAGAAGUCGAGCAUUCUAGUCCAUAAACUGCUGGACAAGUUGUUGGUUUUAUGUCCGUUUUCCUCAGUGUGCCAGGAUGUGAUGCAGCGCUGUGAUCUGGAGGCACAUCUCAAAAACAGGUGUCCUGGAGCCUCUCAUCGAAGAGUUGCCCUAGAGAGAAGGAAAACUAGCAAAACUCAGACAGAGAUUGAGAAUGAAAACGGGCCCACUCUGCUAGAUCCUCCAGGUGCUCUGUCAUCAGAAACGAACAGUUCAGGGGCAGGCACAGUGCCUGCCGAGCGCCACUUGACACCAGUGUCUCUUCCUGCAUGGCCCGAGGAGCCUGGCCUCGACAACCCUGCCUUUGAGGAGAGCGCCGGGGCCGAGGCCGCACAACAGCCGCUUAGCUUACCAGAGGGCGAAAUCACCACGAUUGAAAUUCACCGGUCCAACCCUUACAUCCAGUUAGGGAUCAGCAUCGUGGGCGGCAACGAGACGCCACUGAUCAACAUCGUCAUCCAGGAGGUGUAUCGGGAUGGGGUGAUCGCCAGAGACGGGCGGCUCCUUGCUGGAGACCAGAUUCUUCAGGUGAACAACUGCGACAUCAGCAAUGUGUCCCACAACUACGCCAGGGCGGUCCUAUCCCAGCCCUGCAACACGCUGCAGCUCACCGUGCUUCGAGAGCGGCGCUUUGGCAACCGAGCCUACAGCCAUUCUGAUGGUAACUCUCCACGGGAAGAGAUUUUACACGUGGUUCUUCACAAACGGGACUCCGGUGAGCAGCUGGGCAUUAAGUUGGUCCGAAGGACAGAUGAGCCCGGCGUAUUUAUCCUGGACCUGCUGGAAGGGGGGCUGGCUGCCCAGGACGGCAGACUGAGCAGCAACGACCGGGUGCUGGCCAUCAACGGACACGACCUGCAGCACGGAACUCCUGAGCUGGCCGCGCAGAUUAUCCAGGCCAGUGGAGAGAGAGUGUAUUUAACAAUUGCCAGACCAGGGAAGCCCCAGCCUGCCAGCACCGUCAGAGAAGUAGGAGGAGCUCACGGCAGCAGCCAGCACCACACGCAGCCACUGUAUCACAGCAGACCAAGCUCACACAGGGAUCUCACUCAGUGUGUUACCUGCCAAGAAAAGCACAUUACUGUCAAGAAGGAGUCACACGAGUCCCUCGGAAUGACCGUUGCUGGGGGCAGAGGCAGCAAGAGUGGCGAGCUGCCCAUCUUUGUGACCAGCGUGCCGCCCCACGGCUGCCUUGCACGAGACGGCCGGAUCAAGAGAGGCGAUGUGCUGCUGAACAUCAACGGCAUUGAUUUGACCAACCUGAGCCACAGCGAGGCUGUCGCCAUGCUCAAGGCCAGCGCCGCAUCCCCCGCUGUCGUCCUUAAAGCACUCGAGGUCCAGAUUGUCGAGGACACGACUCAGACCACGGAAGAGCAGCCGAGUACCCUCAGCGAAAACGAGUACGAUGCCAGUUGGUCCCCGUCGUGGAUCAUGUGGCUUGGGCUUCCAAGCGCCCUUCACAGCUGCCGCGACAUCGUUUUACGGAGAAGCUACUUGGGGAGCUGGGGCUUUAGCAUUGUCGGCGGAUGUGAGGAGAACCAUACCAAUCAGCCUUUCUUCAUUAAAACGAUCGUCCUGGGAACGCCCGCUUACUACGAUGGAAGAUUAAAAUGUGGAGACAUGAUCGUGGCCGUGAACGGCCUGUCGACCGUGGGCAUGAGCCAUUCUGCGUUGGUCCCCAUGUUGAAGGAGCAGAGAAACAAAGUCACUCUAACCGUCAUCUGCUGGCCUGGCAGCCUCGUGUAGAUUCUGGAAACUGGCGCCAAGUCUUGUGUCUUCCUUUUCUAGGCUUUUGAAAGAACACCCUUCAGUUUCAUUAUGUUUCUGGUUGUCAGCAGUGGCUUACACAGCUGGCGUACACAGGGCCAAAAACCACUAAUAUUGUCCGUGUAUGUUUAUUUAAAUGGUUUUCUAAAGUUAGUUACAUUUCCUUAGCUUGGAAACAGUCUUUACUAACCCGUAUGAGUUUAUAUUUUCAGAAUUCAGACACUCAGUUGUCAAAAUGUUGCCUGUGAUAAUGAACAAAGCCCACCCUGGCUGUGACCCAGCCCGCUGGAGUAAAGAACUUUUGGUGGUCUUUGUUUUCAGUAACUGAGUGAUGCAAUAAGGUGUGUGCCCCUCAAGACUGGCAUCAGUGAAGCCAGUAACAACAGCUCGUACCGCCACUGUCACAUCCAGUGCCAUGGAUGGGUACGUUUUAAAUUCGGGUGAUAACUGUUCCCCAUUUUUCAUCAGUGCCAACAUUUCAAAACUUCAUACUGUUUCUGAAGUUAUUUUUCUGGUUUAUUGUAUUUCUGCUGUAAUCUCGCAAUACUCAUAAGAUGAAGAAAUAAGUCUGACACCACUAAAGAGAUUUUUAAAUGAUGUACUAUUAUUAGAAUAGUAGAGAAUAAAAGAUUGUAUGAUUCAGUGACAAAGGAAUUUGGACAGUAAUUAUAGUUUGGUGCUGGAAGGAGCAAAAGCUGUACUUACUUGAACAUCCAAAAGCGUUAAGAUCCACUUCCAAAGGAAUGUUUUGCCGUGUAGGGGCGUUUUGAAGCAGUUUUUGCUAGAAAUCGUUUCUGGAGUUGUAUGAUACUUAUCCUCAAUCUUGGUGGGAAGUGUUUUUGCGAUUUAAGCCAGAUGGUAAAGAUAAAAACCAUAUUGCUAUUAAAU